CACCCCGACCAUACAAGAUUUUUCCCACCACCCACGUUCAUUCAUUGAGAACAUCUGCAUUAUUAGGCGUUACCUUUCUGGUUGCUUUUCAUACGGUAUUCUUUGCUUUGCGCCAGUAUGAAUUUAUUCGGGGGAAAGUCAAACAUUAAGCGGGUGCAGGCCGUCGUGCGAACGGUACGAGUCGCAGACCCAAAGGGACCAGAGCCUCGACCUUCUGCUGUUCGCCAGCAUUCUCAAACGACCCAGACACAUCGAGCGACGGCAUCACCUGCGGGAGAAUCGCCUUCGACGCCCAGAUCAAGUCCCGGAACGCCCUCUGUUGACACCGCAGACUCGUCACGACUUCGAGCUCCAAAGCGCAGAGCACGUCGAACAUCGCCUGCGAAGCAAGACCGUGUCAAUUUUGGAAGCGAUGGUGACGAGGAUGAGGAGGACACCGACGACAAUCAUGCGCGGAAGAAGCAGAAGCUAGCUGGUUCUAUUGACUCAAAGAGACAACUGCGUCAAAAGCAAGCUUUCUCCGAAGAGGAUGGCGGGGUCUUUGACAUGAUCCACGCGGCAAACAUCUCUUUUGUAGGAAAGAGGAACAAGAAUUCGGAACCCGUCACGGAGCAUGUCACUGUCAAGCUACAGUAUCCCAGCUCGUCUCAGCAGGAGAGUUACAAUCUUGUUUUCGGACGAGACCUAAUCGACCCUUGCAAAGAGAUUCUUGCUAUUGCCAAAAUCGUCACUGAGGUCUACCUGACACCAGACCAAGCAAUUGCUUUCGACGAACCAAACUCAGGAAUUCUACGCCAGCUUGUGAAAGCCAGAAACAUCUUGAAGAAAGAGCCCACUAACCCAGAUCUGUUGGAGAAUUUCAAGUCUGCUGUUGACACCUACAACAAAUCAAUCACCAACCUCAUUAAGGAAGGCGCUAUUACCAAAAACCUUGACAAUCGACAUCACCUGCCUCUGAACAUGAUUCGCUGCAUGCUCCGACAGGUAUACGAUCGCGCCGUCUCGCCCCGGGUUGACCUAUUAAAGCAGUACGAAAACGGGACGGACAACGUGUAUGGAGAGCUAUUGCCCAAUUUCAUCUCCGAGGCUCUUUCAAAGACGGGUCUCAAGUCAGACCAAGUCUUUGUAGAUCUUGGUUCCGGGGUUGGCAAUGUCGUCCUGCAAGCUGCCCUAGAAUUCGGGUGCGAGAGUUGGGGUUGUGAGAUGAUGAAGAACGCCACAGAUCUCGCGGAUGCGCAGGCAAGCGAGUUUAACGCUCGAUGUCGAUUAUGGGGCAUACAGCCUGGCGAAGUACAUCUCGAACGAGGGGAUUUCCUUGAGAGCCAGGCAAUACACGAGGCCAUGAAGAAAGCUGACGUUAUAUUGGUCAAUAACCAAGCCUUCACGCCAGACCUAAACCAAAAACUCGUCCAGCUGUUCUUGGAUCUGAAGGAUGGCUGCAAGAUUGUGUCGUUGAAGUCCUUCGUCCCCGAUGGCUAUAAGAUUACAUCUCGUAAUCUUGGUAACCCGGUGAACCUUCUUUCGGUUCAGAAAGGGGAGUAUUACAGUGAGAGUGUCAGUUGGACUGAUGCAGGAGGUACUUAUUUCAUUGCAACCAAGGACGAGAAGCGGUUGAAGAAAUGGGCAGACCAGCAUUGAUUUGGACCUCGGUCGUUCCAUCGAUAUCCUGACUAGCGUAUUGUUUUUUUGCAUGGUAGCUUGGAUGCAUCCAUAGGUGUUGUAGGGUAUGGUGAAGCGUUUGUACUGUAGCGUACUGUUCGGAAUGAAGUCACGGAUGAAUGACAAAGUAUUGACUUUAUGAUGGGCCAAGUUCUAUCGUCUAUCGAGUUGAUCUUGUAGUGUUCUAUUCAUCUCUUCCGCUUCGUGACCUUUCCGAGCCAUCCAUCGGUCGAUCAGUUCUUUAUUCUCGGAUCUGAGAUCCUUAUUUCGUUGUUCAGACAUAUUGAGCUGUAAGUUGAGAGAGAUGACUUCGUCAUGAAC